UGCUUGCUUCACAAAUCCAUUCUUCAAAAAAGAGAGCGCCAGAAAAUGCUGUCGUCAGAAUCCGGGAAGCUCCGGGAGCCGCUGGGGUCGGCGCCGGAGAGGGUGACGGUGGACGAAAUGCUGCAGAAAUAUUGCGGGGAGUUCGGGCGGUGGCAAAUAAAUCAGUUUCUUCUGAUCAGUCUGUGUUGGAUCGUCGACGCCUUCCACACAAUGGUCAUCAUCUUUGCCGACUGCGUGCCGGACCGCCGCUGCAUCACCGGUUGCGCCGCCGCCGGAAAUAAUGAUGUGUGUGGGCUUCCUCCCGGAUCGUGGGAGUGGGUCGGCGGCGCCGGCAGCUCCACGGUUUCGGAGUGGGGAUUGAUUUGCGGUGAGAAGUACAAAGUUGGGCUCUCCCAAGCCAUGUUCUUCGUCGGCGGCAUGAUCGGAGACGCCAUAUUUGGGCCACUCUCAGACUCUACCUUUGGGAGAAAACGUUCCCUUGCUGUAGUUUGUACAUUCAAUGCUAUUUUUGGGUGCUUAACUGCAUUCUCUCAGUCGUACUGGACCUACGCCUUCCUCCGGUUCCUCACUGGCGUCACUACCAGCGGCAACGGCCUUUGCGCCUUCGUUCUCACCACCGAACCCAUCGGCCCUUCCAAACGUGGCACUGUCGGAAUGUCCUCCUUCUACUUCUCCUCCGUUGGUAUCGCCAUUCUCGCUGCAAUAGCUUACUUCUUCCAAUCAUGGCGUACACUUUACAUUGUCUCCUCAAUUCCCUCCUUCUUCGUCCUCCUCGUCCUCCCUUUCAUCUCGGAGUCCCCGAGGUGGUAUCUAGUACAUGGAAAGGUGGACAAAGCCAUGAGCGUGAUGACAUCAAUUGCUGAAUCGAAUGGAAAACGUAUUCCAGAUGGAGUGAUGCUGGCGCUCGACAUGGAAGGAAACGACGAUGUUUUGCAGCAAGCGAUCAGGAAGAAGGAAACUACGACGUUAAGUAACCUAAUCGAUGUGAUGAUCCACUCGCCUGUAGCGCGUGGGCGUCUGUUUCUUGCAUCUGGCAUGAGCUUCAUGUGUGCCAUCAUGUACUACGGCCUAAGCUUGAAUGUUGUCAACUUAAGGACAAAUCUCUACCUCACUGUUGUCCUCAAUGCCAUUGCCGAGAUACCAGCAGCGUUGCUUAACAUUUUGGGAAGAAAAGGGGUGGGGAUAUUGACGUUUUGGUUCAGCGGUUUUUUCUGCUUGGUUGGAAGCUUGAUGAGUAGUGAUGGCGGUUGGAAAACGACAAAGACGAUUUGUGGGAUAUUGGGAAUGUUUGGCAUGGCUGGAAACUACAGUCUACUAUAUUUGUAUUGUGCAGAAUUGUUUCCGACUGAGGUACGAAAUACGAUGGUGGGGAUGACGAUGCAGGCAAUUGAAGUGGGAGCCAUUGUAGCACCAUUUUUGGUGCUUUUGGGGGAGAGCUUGCCGCUAAUGGCGUUUGCCGUUUGUGGGAUCGCCGGUGGAGUGAUCGUAAUUUUCACACCGGAGACGUUGAAUAAGCCUUUAUAUGAUACAAUCCUCGGAAUGGAGCGAGGAGAAGCUUGAGAUGAUUAUAUAUGAUGGUAUGUAAUUUAUAUUUUGUUUUCCAUUUUUUUUUUGUCUUUCAAAGAUUGGAAUUGUUUCUUAACUAUUUAAAAUAGACGAGUGAUAGAUAGGUAAGUUAAAAAAGAAAUUGAAUUGAGUUAUGUUCUAGUUAAUCAUGUAAUCCCGGUUUCAAUUUGAACUAAAAAAAAUUAAAACAUGGUUCCAAUUUACAUAUGA